UUCAUCCCGGCACAAUUCAUAUAUUUGAUUGCGUUCUCAGUUUGGAAGGAAUGCAUAAUCAGUUACAAUAAGCACGCAAAACAAAUACCAAGCUAGGCUUUUAGCAGAUUGUCUACAGUAAAUUGUCGACAUUGUCAAGAAUUCCAACUGAUAAGCACCUAUGUUGUCCCUUAAGGUUAUGUUAUUGUAGAUAGGGUGCGAGGGGUAUACCUAUUAGUCCAUAAUUACUAAAAAUUCAAUUUGUUUACACCACCCCGAUUUUAAUGAGAUAUGGCUCCUAUGCGGAAAGAUGUCCUGGACAAAGCAGCAUGGUCAUGGGUGGAAUCUACUGAUCCAUCAUGUGUAACAGAUGAACAUGUCUUAAAAGCCUAUCGCAUUCAAUUGACUGAGUGUCGACCUGGAACAUGCAGACGCAACUGUAGGGGCAGUCCCCGAUGUUUAUCGAGUUUAGGUGAACAACGAUGGAUCACAGAACCUAGUGAAGAAACUGUUUCUAACUAUGUUGAUGACCCCAACAUUGAUCGGAGGGAUUCAGGUUCUUUCAUUGGGCUUAAAAACUUGGGUGCUACUUGUUAUGUUAAUAGUCUACUGCAGCUAUGGUUUCAUAAUUUGCAAUUUAGGAAAGCCAUUUAUGAAUGGAAUCCUCUAGAGGAUCCUGAUGAAAAGCAAAGCCUUGAUAAUGAUGAAUCCAAGUUUCCUAUCACGCAUGUUGGGCACUUGCAAGUCUUGUUUGCUAAUUUACAAUUCAGUGUCCGAAGGUAUAUAGAUCCCUCUGACUUUGUACAUUCUUUAGGACUUGAUGUUGGACAGCAACAAGAUGCACAGGAAUUCUCAAAACUAUAUAUAUCUAUGCUUGAAGACCGUUUGACUACUCAAACCAAACCUUCUGUUCAUGACAUGAUUAGCAAAAAUUUUAGGGGUGAAUAUUUGUAUGUUACAAAAUGUUCCAAAUGCCAAGAAGAAUCAAGAAGACCAUCAACAUUUUAUGAAUUAGAUCUGAAUAUUCAAGGCCAUAGAACAUUGUGUGAUUCUUUGGCUGAAUUUCUGCAUGAGGAGAAGCUUGAGGGCGCUAACAGGUAUCAUUGUGCUGUGUGUGGUGAUAAACAAGAUGCUGCCAGAUGUAUUCGCCUGAAAUCUCUUCCCCCUGUUCUUCACCUUCAACUCCUGAGAUUUGUUUAUGACAGGAGUAAAGGUCACAAGAAAAAACUGAAUUCUGUCAUCCAGUUUCCAGAAACACUUGAUAUGUCAGAAUACACAGGUCUCCCACCUGGUUCUAAGGUAUAUAAUGUCAGUGCUGUUCUUCUUCACAUGGGGUCAAGUGCAUAUAGUGGUCACUACAUAGCACAUAUUAAGGACAGUUCCACUGGCAACUGGCAUAAAUAUAAUGAUGAAAGUGUGGAGAAGAUGGAAGGAAAGAAAUUGACAUUAGGCUCUGAGGAAGAUGGUGCUGAAACUACACCAGCAAAAGUUAAAGGUCGUGGCCAGAAAAAUAUGAAGGGGUUCAUUAACUCUAAGAAUGCAUACAUGUUGGUUUAUACUCUUGCGACAGAGAAUAAUGAUGGGAAUAUCCUUGGAAGUCCUGGUGUAUCGAAUUGUUCAAUUAAUCCCAAAGCGAAUGGGGUUGAAAGAUGUGGUAUUAGUAGCAAUGCCUUAGAAGCUGAAAUGAUUGCAUGGGGCCUUGAGAAACGUCUUGUAGAUAAAGUCAAUGAACAAAAUAGAAAAUUUGAAGAAUGGACUACUGAAGAAACAACAAAAAGGGAAACAUAUAAAGUGCAAACACAGUUCCAUCGCAAUGAAAUGUUGGACCUCUGCAGUCAAUUAUGUGUUGGUCCCAAAGUAUUGGAUGGAUUUGAUUUUGUGUCUACUGACUGGCUUAGUAAGUGCUUACAUGAUGGCAUGGGUGAUGAGAGUAAAACACCAGCCAUUGACAAUACUAAUGAAAUAUGCCCUCAUGGAGGUGUUGAUCCAUCAAGGGUCACAAAUAUGAAAAUCAUCAGUAUUGAAGCUGCAGAAGCUUUGUACAAACGGUUUGGAGGAGGCCCUAGGGUACAAGGUCCCCAAGCUCUUUGCUUUGAGUGUGUGAAAAACAAAUGUCAUGAGCUGCGUUUGAGGAGCAAAAUAACUUCUGACGGGAAAGAAAUAACAAAUCUCUUGAAGUAUCGCAUGGAUGAGACUGAGCGUGGCUAUUGGGUUGGGAAAAGUACUCUUAAAAGUUGGAAAAGUAUUGUUUUAAGAAAACUCAGACCAAACUCAAACACUGAAGGGAAAGAAGAACAAUAUAACAAAGAAGAUAAUGAAAGAUAUGAAAAUGAUGACCAUGUUGGCAGUACAAGUGGAGAUUCAAAGAAUUUCCAGUCUGAGGAUGAAGAAACUGAUGAGAAUGAAGUAGCUACUAGUACCAUGCAUAAUUCAAGGAAACGUUCUAAGCCACCAUCAGCCAAGGACAGAACUAUAUCAAAGAAACGCUUACAUCUUCCUGAUUCAACAUCUCAAAAUGGGAACUCUCAAGAAAAUGUUAUUUCAUCCUCUUAUCAGAAUGGAUUGGAUAUUGUAUCCGAAGAAAUGAGGAUACCACCCGGUUGUCAGGAUAAGAGGGAAGCGUGCUCCUCCUCUUACAAUGAUGAACCAAAUCCGGAUGGGAAUUCGUCUCCUUCUGAGGACACAAAGGACGAUAGGAAAGAAGAGGAGUUUUCAGAAGAGUCUACUCAGACUUUGGAAUUUAAUAAUGAUGCAAUGUGUGUGCAUGGGAAUUUAAAUGUUGAUCCUGCAAGUAGGAGGCUGGUUCCUCCUCGAAUAUGGACAAUCUUUUUAAGCUAUUUCCCUGCUGCUAAAGAAUUUCCUCGUAAUUCCCAAGUGUGUCCAGCAUGCCAGGAAAAAGAAUUUGAAGGGCAAAUGGUGAAGGAUACCCAUCGCAAGGUAGCCCAGGCUCAGAAAGAGGCGCUUGCUGACCUUUACUUAAACAAAAAUCGACCCAACCUUGACCCAGCAUCUAGGAAAACAAGAGCAGUCAAUGGCACAAUAUGUCCAGUUGAAGGAAAGGAGCAUUUCUUCGUAGUGUCGCAAGAGUUUGUUGAUAGAUGGCGAAAUUUCAUUGGAUGCAGUCGACGCAACAGCGAGCCGCCUCUAGGAUUGCUGAACGAGUCCUUGUUAUGCCAGCACCAGCGGCUUCUCUACGACCCCACGGACCCCAACGACUACGAUCGAAGGAUGGUCUUGGUGUGGCCUCGAGAGUGGCAAGAUCUUCAGUCCUUCUACUCGGUCGACCACGAGCUCAGCGGUACCCGUGACUCCCUCACCGGGGAGGUGUCCCUGAGCCCAGUUUUGUGCGACGAGUGCCUCCGGACGCGGCGCGAGGCGCUGCAGGCGGAGCUCUGCAACUACAAGCGCGCCAAGAUCUACGUGCGUCGGGUGGCGGACGACACCAAGCUGGACCUGGGGCAGUCGCCCGUCGUGGACAGCGCCGACCCCGAGUUUCACGCGGACGAGCCCUCGGAGGACGCCGCCAUCAUGGACGACUACAUCAAGAGCACGGCGCCGGAGGAAGGGUUCAAAGGUACCGGUCUGCUGUCGCGGUAGACCCCGCCGCCGCUGCUGCAGCUCUCCCCGUCCGGACGAGGCCUUCCCCGCGCCCGUCGGCCUCGCCGCCGCCACCGCCGGCGCCCGCCCCUGCCCGGCCCAGCUGUCGCCAAAAGUGGCAAUAUUUCCUCGUUCCUUUCUGUUCGGAUGGCACCACGGCGGUCGUGCCAUAUGCUUUGUCAAUUUUGACCCUGGACCAUCCUCGACCUCGCUCGCCCCGCCGACAGACACCUCUGCCUUGUGCGUCACGCGCGUGGCCGGCCUGUGCGGGGAACGCCCGCGCCCGCUCUGGAGAGAUGUGAGAUUGAAUGGAAAAAUGAAGAGUAGUAGUAAAUGUUUCUGUUUGUAAAGCGGAAGGAAGUCUUGUCCAGAGGGUCCACCCCCGCCCCGGUGUUGGAACCCGAACGGCCAAAACCUGCAAAGAUUGUGAUACUGAUAUUUACUGAUAUGUACUGAUGCCUCUCAUCUUGCUCUGGCCCGCCUUUCAAUAGUGCAAAAGGUUUGGUGAAGCCUGAGCUUUGAUGCUCAUCUGAUUGUCGCUCACAGAUUGUGCUGAUUGUUUCCAGAGAAGGAUUGAUAGAACCUAUUGUACAAUGGGUUCCCCUUUUGCACACGCAUUGCAAUAAAGGAGGCUACAGCAUAUAUUUAUUUUGUUAGCUUUUGUUUCCUCUUUUUGUUUCCGUUUAGUUCUUUGUUCAUAAUUGUUCAUAUUUGAAGAUCAACAUGUAUUCAUGUGUUGCUAUGGAGUCACUUACAAGUAGUUCUGUUUUAGUAAUGUAAAAAAAAUCACUUAGUGGCUGCGUACGUCAAUGGGGUUUUAUCUUAAGUAUAAUAAUUUGGGUGAGAGACUGAGUAAAUAAAUGUUUAUACAGUAAGAUGUUUUAUUUUGGUUCAUGACCAUUUUCAUAGUGAUUUGUGGUAAAGGAACCUGAUGUGUUGUACCAUUUAUUGUAUACUACACACUAUUUAUUAUAAUUAUUAAAAAUCAUAAUGUUAUCUGGAAAGUAUUAGAAGCAGUCUAUGUUAAUUUUCAAGUAAGUCUGUGUGUACUCAGUUUUGUAAGAGAAUUUUAGGUACUUUGAAUAAAAAGCUGUGAAUGUAUUUUU